AUGAAAAAACAAAGUGAGAAUGAUAGGAUAGCCUAAUAAAUAUAUACCUCUUAGAUGUAGAAAUUGUAGGGCAAGAUAUUAGAAAAGAAACUCACUAAAGUGUGUUCAAAACAGCAAUUUGAGAGCCAAUCAUAAAAUAUCUCGAAUAACAACAGUCCUGUGAUGGGACGUUAAAAGUCGUUUGAAAAUUUAUAGAAGGUGAAUAGAACAUUCGUAAAUCCCACUCUUCAGGUGUCUCAACAAAAAUUGAGUAGCAUUUUAAAUGUCAUGGCAGGCUAACAGACGAAACCCAAAAUUUAGGGUUUAUUUAAUAAUGAAUUAAUGGAUACUGUGAAGAUCACUCAUAAAAUACGUAAGAACUAAUCCAUGAUCUAAAUUGAUUAACCAUCACCCUAAUUAACUAAGAAUUCCUCAUUUCAUCGUCCCAACUCAAGUGUCAAAAUAAAGAAUAGUAAUAGUGUAUCCUAUGAGUAAUCAUAAUUAUAGAAAGUUAAAGACAAUAUCAAAUAACUAUUAUAAGAGAGAGAUAGUAAUUGGUAGUAGGAUUAGAAGGAGAUUGCCUUCAUGAUUAAACUAAACUAAUCAUUAAACCAAUUACUUUCCAUAAUCUUUUAUGAAUAACCAAAUACAUAACCUACCUCGACUUAAGAUACAAAUUCGAGUCUACAAUUAGAUCAUUUCUUCAAAAGAUAAAUUUCUAUAUUAUAACAAUCCUUCACUUAAUAAACGGAAAAGAAAAAACUUGAAAAUAUUCUCACUUCAAUCAAAAGAAAACAUGAAAAUAUGCUCAAUGACUACAAUUAGUUAAUAGAGUAGAAGAAAUCUUAGGAGGAAGUAAUUAAGAAUUUGUAAUCACAAAUUCAAGGAUUGCAAUCCAAAAUAAAUACAUAAUAAAAGGAAACGAAGACUGAGGAAGAAUUCUUAGAAUUGAAGUAUCUCGUAUAAGGACAAUUCGAGGCAAUCUAAAAAUUAUUGUAAAGAGAAUAGUUGACAAAGAUAUUUUUAAAGAGAGUAGGAGACAGUUCAAUUUUAGAAAUGUUUGAUUAGUUUAUCUAAAAUGCUGAACAAACAAGCAUGGAUGACACUGAGGGAAAUCUGAAUAUUGAUGUUUUACCAUCAAAUAAGUUGAUAACUCAAAAGAAAUUAGUAGCAAUGUAAGAAUAAAUGGGCUUACCUGAAAAGAUUCUAUCCUAAUAUGAAGAGAAUUACAAAGAAUAAUUAAAUUUAUACGAUUCUUUGUUGGCUGAUGAUUCUAGAGUCAAUGAUUCAGAAGAAAGCAGUUUCGGUUAUUUAGGGAAAGAGUAGGCCACCGAAAUUAGUUGUUAUUUUAAUGAUGCUGACUAAUUCGUAUAGACUUAACAUAAGGGAAAGGGGAUUCAUACAAUUUCAAAGGAAAUGUUGAAGAUAAAUAUGAUGGGUGUACAAUUGGCUUAGGCUGCUUUAAAACGUCAAGAAAUAGUUGAAUAAUAAUAAUAAUAAUAAUAAUAAUAAUAAUUACUUUAAUAAAAGAUCUUACCAGAUGAUUUGAUGGAUAAUGAAAACGAAGAAUCUGAGGAGAACUUUUGUGAUGAUGAAUGA